GUGCGCGCGCACGCCCCCUCCCCAAUUCCGCUGCUCCUGCUCCUCAUUUUGAGGCACAGUCAGCCGCACACUAUUGUUGCAAAAUGGCAAUGAAAUUGGCAUACUGGGAUAUUCGUGGGCUUGCUCAACCAAUCCGUCUGCUGUUGGAAUACACUGGUACCAAGUAUGAGGAGAAGUUCUAUUCUUGUGGGGAGGCUCCCAACUAUGACAAAAGCUGUUGGUUUAAUGAGAAAGAGAAACUUGGGAUGGACUUUCCUAAUUUGCCCUACCUAGAGGAUGGAGGCACAAAAGUGGUCCAAAGCAAUGCCAUAUUAAGAUAUAUCGCCCGCAAACACAACCUCUGUGGGGAAACUGAAGAGGAGCAGGUGAGAGUUGACAUCUUGGAAAACCAGGCGAUGGACUUCCGUAAUGGUUUUGUCCAGCUCUGCUAUGGAGACUUUGACAAAAACAAAUCAUGCUACACUAAAAAACUGCCAGGGAUGCUAAAGCAGUUCUCUAACUUCCUUGGUGACAGAAUGUGGUUUGCUGGGGACAAGAUCACAUUUGUGGACUUCAUCAUGUAUGAGUUGUUGGAUCAGCAUCGUAUGUUUGACCCAGCAUGCCUGGAUGACUACAGAAACCUUAGAUGUUUCCUUGAACGCUUUGAGAGUCUUGAGAAGAUUGCAGAAUACAUGAAGUCAAACAAGUUCAUGAAAACACCAGUAAACAACAAGAUGGCCAAAUGGGGAAACAAGAAGGAGUGAAACUAACAAGAUUGUGUCUUGAUAAAGCAUCAUAAGCUGCAACAUCAUCUGCUUUGGUUACAAGGUCAAUGCAAUUUAACUGCACACUGACAUUUUUGUUAUGCAGUAACUAACAAAGUGAGACAGUUAUGAUUAGUAAUGACUACAAAAGCGUUACAGAACCAUCAGAAUUCUCAGUUGUUGUCUGUAGGCAUUGUGCAAGCACUCAGGCUUAAAUUGAAAGUGUUCAGGUGAGAGUCGCACUUUGAUUUUUGACAGUAUGAUGCCUUGAAAAGAAAAGCAUUUCAUUGUUAUUUUAUGGAUCUCACUGCAUUAAAAAACAAAGCAUUAAAUGCAGUACCUUAUU